UGCAGGAAUAGGCUUGAAAAGGCUUCACAACAUAAGCUUUUAGAGAAGGUAGUUGCAUAGUGAUAUUGCAGUAUGGCUGCUGUUCCUGCUCAGCUCCCUGAUGAGUUUGGUCCUGAGCCCACUGACGAUUCAGUGUUAAGGUUUAUAAAAACACAUCGAGCGUGCGCUGUUUGGGAAGGCAAGGAUCCAGGGCCACUGAAAUGCCGCGGUCGUAAUGACGAGUUCCGAAAACGACGCCGGAUAGUGGUGGAUGAUCGUAUCGUCGACAUUGUGAAGAGAGUUGGAUUAGAGGGGCUGUAUAGGACCCCAGGUAGAGAGAUUGAUCAUAACCUGAUCACGGCCUUCGUUGAGCGAUGGCGGCCUGAAACCCACACCUUCCACCUGCCACAUGGUGAGACAACGAUCACAUUACAAGAUGUGGAGGUUCUUUUUGGGAUUCCAAUCGAUGGUGAGGCAAUUGUUGGAACAACUGACUUGACAUGGAAAGAUGAAUGUCAGAGUCUGCUUGGAAUUGCUACUAAUGACACCACGCUUAAAGGACAAAGGAUCCAAAUAAAGAAGCUACUAGAAAAAAUUGACGAAGGGUUGCCCGAUGAUGCAACAGAGGUGGUUGUGCAUCAAUAUGCACGGUGUUAUAUCCUAGCACUCCUGGCAGACACAAUUUUCGCCGACAAGUCUGGUGAUAGGGUGCAUACGAUGUGGUUGCAGAUGCUGAGGAACCUUCGAAAUCCACCUCAGUACAGUUGGGGGAGCGCUUGCCUUGCAUGGCUGUACAGAGAGUUAUGCAAGGCAACCGACAGAGGUGCUAGUCAGAUUGGUGGGGCCUUGUUGCUAGUUCAGUAUUGGGCAUGGGUCAGAUUCCCUUUUUUGUGCCCAAGGAUGGACCUCCCACCAGAUGGUGCAUAUGGCCCACCAUUUGCACCUUCUCCAUUGUCUAUUAAGACUGUGUGGGUUGUGAACACCUUGAAUAGCCCCGCCGAAAUCUGUCUGGUCCGGUACCGUCAGCUUUUAGAUUGUAUGCAUCCAAAGCAGGUGGUGUGGCAACCAUAUGAAGCUGAAUUAGACCACCUGCCUGCGUUUUGUGUCGCCGGAAGGGAUGUAUGGACGGCAAGGGUACCGCUUGUUGCCAGUCACAAGAAGUUGUUGAGACUUUAUACAGUAGGCAGUCUUGAGUACAAGCAUAUUUCAGCUGUACUUAAGACAGUGGAACGCCUUCACCGUAUAACUGCUCGACUUCCGUUGGAAGAUAUCGAUGGGGCAAAUCCAGAAGUGCCAGAAGAUACUGGACGACCAAGCACGAGCUCAACUCGUGCCAGCCAUAGCCAUGGUCAGCGUGCUGCAUCCCAUCAGGUUGUCAGUAGGGCAGAUCUCCCUCCACCCCCACGUGCAUCUCCUGCCCCAGAGUUCCCUCCACCUCCACAUGCAUCUCCUUCCCUAGAGAUCCCUCCACAUACUGCUCAUGCAGUUUCUGACCUAGAUAUCUCUCUACCCACUACUCCUGCAUCUUUUCACCCCGAGAUCCCUUCACACACCUCACAUACAUUUUUUGAUCCUGCUCAUCUUUCAUUUACUCCACCAUCCUUUGAUCUCGGCCCUGAUUUCAAUCAAACCCCUCCUGUCAUGCACACGCAAUCCCCAUCAUACAACAUUGGUCAUAUAGACCAUGUACCGCCCCAUAGUCACUCCAUGUCAUUCAUGCCCACUCCUAGACUGCAUAUAGAUCCCAUGAGUACGGGCACUCACAUUUCAUUUGCUACACCAUCCUCCCCCGCAGUUGUUGGGAGUCAAGCAAAACAACCAGCUGUGCAUGUUGAGAAUGAGCAGGUUGUUGGGUUACAGUCACCCCCACAAGGUCGACCUAAACGUACAAUGAAAGCACCUCCUUGUGGGACAGGUGGUCACAAAGCAGGACACAACGCUGGCCCCACGGUAUGA